AUGGCCUUUAAUCACGAUUCAAGAUGGAAGAGCAAUGCCCUGAGCAAGUCGUUAAAGGAUUUUGGAUAUGAUUUAUUUCUUGCUCUUUCUAUUAAACGACAGAACCCUGAGGAGAAAAACCGACCUAUUAUCUUGAUUGGUCAUGGUUCCGGUGGUUUGAUCAUUAAUCAGUGUGUGGUGGACAUGGUACAGAGGGACAAUUCAGACGACCGUGAAAUUCUCGAUAGUCUGCGGGGAUUUGUUUUUUGGGCACAUCGCAUCGAGGCUUGA